AUGUCUUUCUUGGCGGAUGAAAGCACACAUCCCAUGCUCUCGCAGCACAGACUUCAAGAUGAAGAGGAGGAUAUCCCACUCGAGGACAACGAAUCCGAUGUGACCAGAGUCUGCCCUACCACGUCGUUUACAAAGAUGAGCCGUCUCCGAGCAAGAAGCCCCUCGGACAUGUCGACAUGGUCUUACAACGCUCCCAAUCCACAAACAAGAAGACGCCAAUUUGUCGCCGUUGUCUUGAGUUGGUUUCGUUGGGGUAUGGUCGUGACGUUGCAGACUGUCAUUUUAGUUCUUCUGUGGCGGCAAGACCGGAGAGGGACGGGAGGGGAAAGGGACCCAAUAUUGAGAGGCAAAACAGUUGAGACCGGAAGCGAUAUCAAUGGCCUCUAUCAAACAACAUCCCACACCUACACAUUCUUGAAGCCCGACCCUGACAGAUUCAUCCCCAACAUGACGUCGAAUGAUAACCGGUUGGAGAUACGGAGGAAUUGGGAUUUACUCAUGCCGUUGGGCAGUGGCAGCGUUGCCAUCCCAGACUAUCGUGACCAUCCGCUUCUCGGAGAUCCAAUUACAGACGACCCCAUCCGUUCUGGGCCACUUUUUGAGGCGUCGUGGACGCACGCCCUGCAUUGCUUAUACUAUACGGUGGACAGCUACCAUCAACUCAUCGUCAAUGGACGCACGGACAACGACAACCCGCACCACGCAGCCCACUGCUUCGAGUACCUUCGUAACAGCAUCUUGUGCAACCUCGACAUGACAUUGGAAGGGUCGAUGUCGACGCCAGAUGACAAGGAACGGGGCCAGCCUCACGUAUGUCGGAAUCGAGAGGAAGCUAUUGCCUGGAUCGAGGCGCGGAGGGUGGAUGAUUUGCAGGACAUUGUUGGACCGUAG